AUGGAUGUACAAGCAGACGCUGCCGUGUAUAUCUUUGCCCACGAAUAUUCUGUCCCGGCGCUGGAGUCACUCCUACUGAAGCUGUCUGUUGAUUUCUGUAAAGUCUCAGCGCCACGGCACACAGCUAUCACCAAGGCCUUCGCUCGUCUACCGGAGACAUCACCCUUUCUUCAACUCCUCGUUGAUGCGGCCUGUAUCAAUGGUGACCUUGAGGGCUACGAACCUGGCUCUGAUUUCGAGCCUCUCCCGGAUGACGAUACGUCGGUAGCUCUUCCGACCAACUUCCUGAUUCGCGUGGCAAAGAAAUACGCAAACCUCGCGAAGAACACGGUGAGGGAGAUGGAAUUGCCACAAUACUUCGACUACAAUACCGAUACCGACGCUGCGGUCGACGAUGCGGUCGACGAUGCGGUCGAAGAUGCGGUCGAAGAUGCGGUCGAAGAUGCGGUCGAAGAUGCGGUCGACGAACGACUAGCUAAACGACGGAAGACGGCUCGCUAG